AUGGUCAGAAUUGCCAUCUUUGCUGUAUUGGCGCAACUGGUCGUAUCCUCAGUUGCUUGCGGUUCCCACCCCAAAAAGCACGGCAAAGUUAGUGCCUACGUUACUGACUGGGAUCUCCCCACCAACAUCUCUUACGACAAACUUGACCAUCUUCUCUACUCGUUCGCUGUUCCUGAUAAAACUGGUGCUCUUGGCCAAUUUUCCGUAACUCAACUCCAAGGCGUUGUAAAGGACGCUCAUGCCCAUGGCAAGGCCGUUUCUUUGGCUGUUGGAGGAUGGACUGGCUCUCUCUACUUCAGCAGUUUGGUUCAAACUGCAAGCUCACGCGACGCUUGGACGGACGUUCUCGUGAAAGCGGUUCAAGACUAUGACUUGGACGGUCUCAAUCUCGACUGGGAAUACCCUAAUAACCCCAACGGAGUUGCCUGUAACACAAUAAAUGCCCAUGAUACCGCAAACUUUUUGUCCUUCGUUCAAUUGCUCCGCAAAAAGCUCAAGGCCAACUUCAAGUCUGCCAAAUUGAUCACUGCUGCCGUCUCUACCUCUCCUUUCAACGAUGCAUCUGGUAACCCCUCUUCCAGACUUCCUGGUUGGGCUGCUGCUAUGGAUUACUUUUAUAUUAUGGCUUACGAUAUUGCCGGCAACUGGAAAACCGACACUUCCUCCAAUUCCCCUCUCUACUCUACCAAGUAUGACGACUCCUCAGACUCUGCGGCCAUCGCUGCAUGGAGCAAGGCCGGUAUUCCCAAAGAUCAGCUCGUUCUUGGUGUACCUUUCUAUGGAUUUACCAUCGACACGCAGGUUCCCAUCACUGCUAAGACUGGUCAAAGCGUUCCUAUGAACACCAACGCUAUUCAAGGUGAUCAAUACGAUACCAAGAGUGCCGACCCUUGCCCUGGUGCAGUGGCUACUUACUCUGGUGAAAUGCAAUGGCGUACUAUCAAGGAACUCGGCAUUCUCCAGAACAAGAACGGCUGGAAGUCAUACUGGAGCUCGGCCAACAAAACUCCUUAUGCUUUCAAGGCCUCUAACAGUCAAUUUGUUACUUUUGACGAUCCCCAAAGUCUCACUCUCAAAGCUCAAUAUGCCAAGAAGCAAAACCUUGGUGGUAUCAUGAUGUGGUCUCUGGAGAUGGACGACGCUGAACACAGUCUUUUGAACGCUUUGCAAGCCAUCUACUAA